CCCCACGCAGCGGUCGAGGAAGCCGGCCACCUUCGUCGGAGGGGAGCGCGCCGGCUGCCUGGCCAGAACAAAUGCAAACACCACAGCUUUCUUAAAAUUGCUGUACCCUGAGUUUUACUCACCCUGAUGGUAACAAAAGAACUGUAAGGAGUCUGUCACAGCUAAGGGAAAGAGAUGUCCAUCCGGAUUGCAUGGUGCUCUGCUUGCCUCUUUGCCAUGGCCUUUUAUACCUUGCCAAAGCCAUCCCAAAAUCAAGUGUGUUCCACGGAGAAGAUGGAGAACAUCACUAUUGACAUCAAAGCAGCCUUUUCCAAAGGUAUCCGGGGGGAAGAUCCAAUCCAUGCUUCAUCUUGGGAAGCCUGUGUGGAUGUCUGCUGCUUGGGUGCAGACAGAAAGAAGUGCAACUAUGUGGUCUUUAAUACCAGGAGCAAAGGAAAUUACACAAAUUGCUACCUGUUCUAUUAUCCCACUAAUGAAACCUUCCUGGUGAGACACGUGUCAGGACUGGUGACCCACCGAAUGAUAAAAGAUGCAAAGGUUCCCAUGCCAACUCCUUCUUCAGUUCAGCUCUCCCACCCAACUGUGAAUGGGAAGUCUGUGUCUACACUGGCUGCUGUGUUCAAUCCUCACAGCCCAACAAGCCCUCUGCAUGGGUCAGGUCCUUUGCAAAAGCCAAUUCCCUCAAAGAGUAUGGAAAUAUUGAACCACUUAGAUGAUAAACACAUAGAUGAGAUGGGUGGACACUCGCAGCAUCCACAAAGCAGAGGGGCAAAUGGUUCAAAGUGCUUGGGUUCUUCAACAAUGCCUGAAAGCAAGAGUUUGUUGUCCCCAAAUACUCCAAAUGCUAUUGAGCCUGGUAUUCCCACUGCGCAGCCCACAGUUAAGUCACCUGCUAUUACCAAUGGCACCCAGCCUGGUACUAUAAUUCCUCACGUGUCUCCUAGAAAGGCAACAACCACUAGGUCUACUACAGCUUAUCAUAAGAAUGCACCUUGGGCAACUACAAAUCUAAGAAGAAGUACCACUGUUCCCAACCCAUCUACCUCUGCUGGAUCUAGUGCUGGUAGCCUCAGCCCACUGCUUAUGAAGAUUUCUUCUGCUUCUUUACAUGACGUCCAUCUUGGCAAUGGGCAACAAGGUUUGAAAGGUGAUAUGCUUAAUGGAGAGCCCAGCAAGGAACAUUCCCCUCACUUUGGUGACAAAAGCAUACUUACAGCUGCCUUGCUUUUGGGGGUGGUCUUCUUUCUCUUCGUUACAGUGCUGGUGGGUAGAAAGAUGCUUGAAUCUCUUCAGAGAAGGCGUUACACUAAGCUAGACUACUUGAUCAAUGGCAUGUAUGCGAACAUGUGACAGAGGAAAAACAUGAAGAAGUACAUUAGUGGUAAAUUUGGAAGCUUUAUAGAUGGAUUGGAUUUGUCA